ACGUCUUAUAUACACAAUGUACGCGACUGCCCUACCCCCUCUCAGAAAGGAUAUACAACUCUCGCAUUGGUUCACAGCAAUUGCUAUGUUGUGCACCACCAAAGAUUUUACAGCACAGGUAGCUAAUUUCAACCAGAAAGUGUAUUUUGCUAGGUCAAUUCACAGCAUGGCUUGAUUUGUUGUUGGGCCAAGCGUACAGUACACGUGCCACACUCGCAUUACAUUAAUUUUACCCGUGGCUUAGCUAGCUGUUGUCAACAUUUCAAUUGUGCGUCUUUCAGUUUCAACUACAGUGUUGUCAUUUCGAGCUCGCGAGGGACGAGGGUAAACUAGUUUAGAAAAGUAACAGUGGGUCGAUCUCUGCUAAGUAGACAACAGAGCCAGAGAUGGCUAUCGCCCACGUCGCUACAGAGUAUGUGUUCAGCGAUUUCCUCCUGAAGGAGCCGGGUCAGGCAAGGUACCGCGCCGUGCGCACUGAGCUAGCCAUGGACAAGAUGGUGACGUGCGUGGCGGUGGGACUCCCUCUCCUCCUUAUCUCUCUAGCCUUCGCCCAGGAGGUCUCUGUGGGUGUUCAGAUCAGCUGUUUCCCUCCAGCUAACUUUUCCUGGCGUCAGGCCAUGUAUGUAGACUCCUACUGCUGGGCAGCCCUACACACUCACACACUACCCUUAUGGCUACACAAGUUCUUCCCCUAUAUCCUGCUGCUGGUAGCAGUAAUUAUGUAUAGUCCAGCGGUGUUCUGGCGUUUCUCUGCCUCUCCUCUGCUUCAGUCAGACCUUAGCUUCAUCAUAGAAGAGCUUGACCGCUGCUACAACCGUGCUGUCACUCUGGCUAAACGCAUGGCCACUGCUGGGGAACACACAGACAGUGGUGCGUCGGACCCUACUGAGGGCUGUUUCAUGUACCCGGUGGUGGAGCAGUAUCUGCUGACCAAGAGGAGGAGUGUCGUGGUGUUGUGGCGCUACCUGCUGUGUCGAGGCCUCAACCUGCUCACCUUGCUUCUGGCCUGUGUCUACCUGGGCUACUACCUCCGCCUCGCCUCCCUCACUGACCAGUUCGGCUGUUCCCUGCGCACCGGACUCCUGGCCAAUGACACCUCAAUCCCCGACCAAUUACAGUGCAAGCUGGUCGCCGUGGGAGUAUUCACUUUGCUAAGCUUUGUUAAUCUGCUGGUGUACGCCAUGCUGGUUCCCGUGGUGAUAUACUCCGCUCUGCGCCCCUUCUUUCAAUCACACACCCAUUUCCUGAAGUCCUACCAAUCACUGCCCACCAUCAGUGUUCUGCCCCUCCCGCAGGGCCAAUGGGAUGACCUGACGCUCUACUUCCUCUUCCUGGAAGAAAACCUCAGCGAGCUCAAGUCCUACAAGUACAUGAAGGUGUUGGAGUUGUUGAGGAGGAGGGGGGUGUGUGAGGGGGAGGACUUUGACGCCAUGGGACUGCUUCAGAUGCUAUGUCUGGUGAAGACUGAUGUCACGGACGGAAAGAGGAGCACCGCAGCUACCUUCAAUGCUAGUGACAAAACGACCAAUGCAAAUGCUAGCCUUGAUGCUAAAGCUAAUGAUAACCCUAUUGCUCAAGUCAGCCAUAUUGCUAAUGCUAACCCUGCUGCUGGGGAGGCUAUUAGCAAGGCCCCAACCCCCAGCCCAGCAUUCCCAGACUCAUGCCACAGCCAGACCAGUGCCACUGAAAUGACAGAAUUCUCUGCUUUGUUGCCAGGCAACAGUGCAAUGACAGGCGGAAGGCAGAGUAACGAGGGGGCGGUCCAACAGCGAAUUAUCUGAUCGUUGCCAUGAAGAAACAGCCCCAGUGGGUUGUGGGACACUAGAAACCAGAGGUUCUAAUACCCAGAGAUCCAACAAGCCUUUAUCUAAACGACUCAGACUAAGGUGAACCAGAGAUGUCUUGAUGUCAAUGGGACAGAGUUGUAUUCAAAUCAAUCUUUAUUUUCCACAUGUGCUGAAUACAACAGGUGUAGACUUUAUCAUGAAAUUCUUACUUACAGUUGAAGUCGUAAGUUUACAUACACCUUAGUCAAAUACAUUUAAACUCAGUUUUUCACAAUUCCUGACAUUUAAUCCUAGUAAACAUUCCCCGUCAUGUGUCAGUUUGAAUCACCACUUUAUUUUAAGAAUGUGUAAUGUCAGAAUAAUAGUAGAGAAUGAUUUCAGCUUUUAUUUCUUUCAUCACAUUCCCAGCGGGUCAGAAGUUUACAUCCACUCAAUUGGUAUUUGGUGGCAUUGCCUUUUAAAUUGUGUAUUUGGGUCAAACGUUUUGGGUAGCCUUCCACUAGCUUCGCACAAUAAGUUGGGUGAAUUUUGGCCCAUUCGUCCUGACAGAGCUGGUGUAACGGAGUCCGGUUUGUAGGCCUCCUUGCUCACACACGUUUUUUCAGUUCUGCCUACACAUUUUCUAUAGGACUGAGGCCAGGGCUUUGUGAUGGCCACUCCAAUACCUUGACUUUGUUGUCCUUAAACCAUUUUGAUGCCAUCUAUUUUGUAUAGGGCACCAGUCCUUCCUGCAGCAAAGUACCCCCACAACAUGGUGCUGCCACCAAUGUGCUUCAGGUUGGGAUGAUGUUUUUCAGCUUGCAAGGUUACCCAUUUUUCCUCCAAACAUAACGAUGGUCAUUAUGGCCAAACAGUUCUAUUUUUGUUUCAUCAGACCAGAGGACAUUUCUCCAAAAAGCAGUCUGGCUUUACAGUGGUUUUGGAGCAGUGGCUUCUUCCUUGCUGAGCGGCCUUCCAGGUUAUGUCGAUAUAGGACUCGUUUUACUGUGGAUAUCGAUACUGUUGUACCCGUUUCCUCCAGCAUCUUCACAAGGUCCUUUGCUGUUGUUCUGGGAUUGGUUUGCACAUUUCACACCAAAGUACGUUCAUCUCUAGGAGACUCCUUCAUGAGCGGUAUAGUUUGUUAAUUAACAAGAAAUUUGUGGAGUGGUUGAAAAACAAGUUUUUUUUUUAAUGACUUCAAAGUAUGUAAACUUCCAACUUCAGCUGUACAAGCCCUUAACCAACAGUGCAGUUCAAGAAGAAGAAAAUAUUUACCAAGUAGGCUAAAAUAAAAAGUAACACAAUAAUGAGGCUAUAUACAGGGGGCACCUGUACUGAGUCAGUGUGCAUGGGUACAGGCUAGGUAUUCUGUACAUGUAGGUGGGGGUGAAGUGACUAUGCAUAAGUAACAAACAAAAAGCAAGUUGGGGGGGGUCAAUGCAAAUUGUCUGGUGGCGAAUUUUAUAAAUUGUCCAGCAGUCUAAUGGCUUGGGGGUAGAAGCUGUUGGGGAGCCUUUUGGUCCUAGAUUUGGCGCUCCUGUUCUGCUUGCCAUGUGGUAGCAGAGAACUGUCUAUGACUUGGGUGUAAUGCCAAUGGGACAGCGCUGUAUUAACUAAUGGCAGUGGUACUAGCCAAAAAUUCCAGGAAGUUUCUUUAACAAGAUCAGGGAUUUGAAUUGGACAAGCCGUUUCUGGGUAUCUUCUUAUACUGAAAGCCAUACUGCCCAAGGUGUGUGUGGUGGUAGCAUACUGUCCCACAGAAGGGUCUUUCUAUGAACUAGCGUACCACUGAGGAUUUCUUACACUGGACAACUUGUAACAGCUGUUGAUAAGUAAUUGAUGUUGAUUUUGCUUGAUUUACAGCCGUGUCACCUUUUACAUUUAACAGAGAAAGCCUUAAAGUAAUGAGUUCAUGUUUCUGUGCCUGGGAUUGUACACUGUCUACUGUGUGAAAUUGUGUUGGAUGGAUUAUUGCGCAACACCCAAAGUUAGUGGCUAUGUAAUAUUAUCUGGUAAUGAAACAUGUAAAAUACAGUUUGUUUACCAUGUUACACCUGCAAUUUUAAGCAAUACAAGGAGCUUGAAGUAGCCUACUUUCUCAUUAUAAAAACAGCGACGGUGAGAUAAAUGCUACCCCUAUUCUUGGAUUUAUGUGUCCCUGGGUCGGCCACAUAGGCUACAGUAAAAUCACAAAUAGAUUGCAUCCAAUCUAUUUAGUAAGGCAAUUUCCACAUUAUUUUCACUUUUUUUAAUUUAGUGAUAUUCAAAAUAUCAAUGGCUUGGCAAGGCCUAAAUAAUGCAUUAUUGUUAGUGGCAAUGGGCUACUUUUUUGCAUGCUUUUUGGGGGGAGGGGUUAUAUAUUAGGCUGUAUAUGUACAAUUGUAUAAAUUACAAGGUUGUAUACCAUGGAGGUCCUUAAAUUACAAUGAAAUGCUUGGAAAAAGUACCUGAAAGUCAUUGAGUUUGACUUGCCAAUGUCUUUAUUUACCCUGAUUUAAAGGAUGUAUAGUCCUAGGCCUAUGUUGUUUUGGUGGAGUUAGGGGCCAAUUUGCAUACAGUUGAAGUCAGAAGUUUACAUACACCUUAGCCAAUUACAUUUAAACUCAGUUUUUCACAAUUCCUGAUAUUAAAUCUCACUGUUUUAGGUCAGUUAGGAUCACCACUUUAUUUUAAGAAUGUGAAAUGUCAGAAUAAUAGGAGAGAAUGAUUUUAGCUUUUAUUUAUUUCAUCACAUUCCCAGUGGGUCAGAAAUGUAACAUAUACUCAAUUAGUAUUUGGUAGCAUUGCCUUUUAAAUUGUUUAACUUGGGUCAAAUGUUGUGGGUAGCCUUCCACAAGCUUCGCACAAUAAGUUGGGUGAAUUGUGGCCCAUUCCUCCUGGCAGAGCUGGUGUAACUGAGUCAGGUUUGUAGGCCUUCUUGCUCGCACACUCUUUUUCAGUUCUGCCCACUAAUUUUCUAUAGGAUUGAGGUCAGGGCUUUUUGAUGGCCACUCCAAUACCUUGACUUUGGUGUCCUUAAGCUAGGAUGGUGUUCUUCUUGCAAGCCUCCCCCUUUUCCUCCAAACAGAAGCAUGGUCAUUAUGGCCAAACAGUUCUAUUUUUGUUUCAUCAGACCAGAGAACAUUUCUCCAGAAAGUAGUCUGGCUUUUUUUAUGGCGGUUUUGGAGCAGUGGCUUCUUCCUUGCUGAGCGGCUUUCAGGUUAUGUAGAUUUAUAGGACUCGUUAUACUGUGGAUAAAGAUACUUUUGUACCCGUUUCCUCCAGCAUCUUCACAAGGUCCUUUGCUGUUGUUCUGGGAUUGAUUUGCACUCUUCACACUAAAGUACGUUCAUCUCUAGGAGACAGAACGCAUCUCCUUCCUGAGCGGUAUGACGGCUGUGUGGUCCCAUGGUGUUUAUACUCGUGUACUAUUGUUUGCACAGAUGAAUGUGGUACCUUCAGGCGUUUGUUAAUUGCUCCCAAGAAUGAACCAGACUUGUGGAGGAAAACAUGUUUUUUUCUGAGGUCUUGGCUGAUUUCUUGCUUUUCCCAUGAUGUCAAGCAAAGAGGCACUGAGUUUGAUGGUAGGCCUUGAAAUACAUCCACAGGUACAUCUCUAAUUGACUCAGAUUAUGUCAAUUAGCCUUGCCAAGCUGUUUAAAGGCAGUCAACUUAGUGUAUGUAAACUUCUGACCCACUGGAAUUGUGAUUAUUUCGCUGUGUCUAUAAACAAUUGUUGGAAAACUUUCUGUGUCAUGGAAUUGUGAUACAGUGAAUAAGUGACUUGUGUCAUGCACAAAGUAGAUGUCCUGACCGAUUUGCCAAAACUAUAGUUUGUUAACAAGAAAUUUGUGGAGUGGUUGAAAAAUGAGUUUUAAUGACUCAACCUAAGUGUAUGUAAACUUCCGACUUCAACGGUAUAUUCACUUUUAUUACUCUAAAUACACGUGGAAAAUCAUGCAUGUCACACAUUGGCCCCAUUUAUUAAUUGAAAGACCCAGAACUGUUAUUUUUUACAUGUGGAGCAUGCAGAAUCGAGAAGUCCUUUUUAGUCCAGAAAAUGCUUUCUGGGCCCGGAAGCCAGCUUGUGAUGCAUAUGUUUUUUUAUGGAACAGAAAAUAUAUAUUUUCUUAUUAUCAAA